UAAAGUGAAACAUGUGUUGGAGAAGUUCUGUUUACGAAAAUGGUAUCAAGAAUCAGAAAAUUAAUACAAAAAAGGGUUUAUGACAUCCUAUCACAUAAAAAUGGAACACUUAUUGUUUUUGCUGGAAUUAUAAUUGUCAUUGUUUCAGCUUUUCAUUUUGGCGAGGCUGUUGUUGAAUGGAGUCAUGAGAAAUAUGCAACAGUUUUUAAUUCCUACAGUGAUAAUAUAGCCUCCAAGUCAUUUAGAACCCGGUUAUGUCUUCCAGUACCAAUAGAUGUAGUAUAUACAUGGGUAAACGGAUCCGAUCCAGCCUUGUUAAAUCAACUACAACAAUUACGAUAUGAACUUCAAGAGGAGAUAACUUCAACCAGAGAGACAAAAUGUAACUUCCAUAAUUGUGUUCCGUCCAAUAUGAUAGUUCUUGAUCCUCCUUUACCUAAACAUGUAACAUUAGGUCAACUGAGGAUUUUGAAUAGGUUGUUUAGAACAGCCAGUCGUAUGUUUGUAGUAACCACACCUACAGAAAAAAAACUAAAUUUUACAGUUGUUGAAUUAGAUGAACAAGCAGUGAAAAAUUUUACAUCUGCAUCAAUUAUUAUAAACCAGAUAAAUAUAACUAUAUGUAGAGUCUUUUAUACUAGUGACUGGACAAAACACCAUAGUAUUUUAUUACAUGAUACAGUUCUAAUGACUGGAUUUCCUCAUACAUUAACACAUACAGAAUUAAAGGGAAAAUUACCUGAUAAAUUUCAUAAUAGUAUUACUCAGGUUAAAUUGCAUUCUGAUGCAGGGGUUGCAGUUCUUGUUGUACCAAAUAAAACAGAGUUUGAAAAUUUAUUAGAGGUAAGAAAUAUAUCAAUAGAUGGAAAGACGCCAACUUUUAAUGCUGCUAAUCUUAUUUGGGAUCUUAGAGAUCACUCUAGAGGAGAAGAUAUUGCUUCCAGUAGAUUUGAAGAUAAUGAGGAAUUAAGAUAUUCAAUAAGAUCAGUUGUACGUUAUGCUCCUUGGGUUCGACAUAUCUUUAUAGUAACAAAUGGUCAGAUACCUCAUUGGUUAAACAUGGAUAAUCCUCGUCUGACUGUUGUUACACAUGAGGAAUUAUUUCCAAAUAAAACCCAUUUACCAACAUUUAGUUCUCCUGCUAUAGAGGCACAUUUACAUCGUAUUAAUGGUUUAUCAGAUAAGUUUAUUUAUAUGAAUGAUGAUGUAAUGUUUGGUCAAGAAGUGUGGCCAGAUGAUUUUUAUUCUCAAUCAACAGGUCAUAAGGUAUAUUUAACAUGGCCUGUACCUAAUUGUAAUGAUGGCUGUCCGUCUAAUUGGAUUAAAGAUGGUUACUGUGAUAAGGCGUGUAAUAAUUCAGAAUGUGAUUGGGAUGCUGGUGAUUGUGAAGGUAAAACUGGUGCUGUUCAACUUGGAGCUGGUUUCCAUGGUAAUUAUGAUAGCCAUGCUCAGUCAUUAGUAUAUUGUAAUACUGGUUGUGCUAACACAUGGAUAGCUGAUAGAUAUUGUGAUACAGCAUGUAAUGUGAAGAUUUGUGGAUAUGAUGCUGGAGAUUGUGGUACAAAAGAUUAUGAUAAAUUACAUGGUCAAGAUUUAACACCAGAUGAUAGUUUCUACUUUUUACCUGUUGGUGAAAGAAUAGGAUAUUUUAAUCUAACUGGUGUAUUUGGUAUGGAUGGUAUGGUUACAUCAGCAGUAUAUAAUUCAAGUGUCAUUAUACGACAAGUAGCUAUAGCUAAUAAAUAUAAAGUUUUAACAUUACUGCUCAAUGAUAAUCACAAUAAAACAUUGCUAGUCUUCAGUUUAAAAGGCCAUGAUGGUAAUAAAAGUCAUGAAUUAUGGAAAAAUUUCACAGUUACUGUAGAUACAAGUGUUUCUCUUGAUGAAAGUUUGUCCAAGGGAGGUAAUAAUACAAGUAAUACUACAUCAGAUGACGAUAUCAAUUUAGAGGUGUUAGUUUUUGAAGAAAUUCCAGAAAAUGAGAGAUAUCCACAAAUACAGGUCACAAAAGAAAGUAAAGAUGUUUAUGUAGAAGCAAGUUUUAACAGUAAUAAUACAGAUUUAUCACCGAAAAUUAGAGCUCAGUUAUUACAAUUAGAAACAGAUCUACAAACUGGGGAAAUUACAGAGAAGGGGUUUAAAAAGCAAGUAAACCACUUAAAGCGAAAGACUUUACCAAAGAGGUUAAAUAGUAAUAUAAAAAAGAUUAAGAAUACACAAGAUGCUAAGAUACGUUCUACUAUAAGAAAGUUGUUGUGGAAAAAAGAUGCUGACGAAUCUGUGGAUGAUAAAUUAUUUUUGAACAGAAGUCAGAGAAUUGAUAAUUAUCAUGGUUUUCCAUGGGAGAAGAGAAAACUCUUUAAAAAUAUUAAAUCUACAAUUAAAGAAGAAGAUUAUACAAUACAGUCAUUUCAUGGUAGAAAAUUAUUAGAUACAUUUGGUGAUUCUUUACGUCAUGUAAAUAAGAUAUAUAAUAAACAGUUUGGUUUUGACUCAAGAAAAGUUCCAGCACACAUGCCACAUAUGAUAGAUAAAAAUAUAAUGACAGAAUUACAGGAUAGAUUUCCUAAUGAAUGGGAUGAAACAUCUUCUCAUCAAGUCCGUCAUUCUCGAGAUAUGCAGUUUGCCUUUUCCUUUUUCUACUAUGUUAUUGGUGUGAAAGAAGAUAUAAAAGUUGAAGAUGUAUUUGACAAAAUGGAUACCGAUCAUUCAGGAGUAUUAUCAGAUCGUGAAAUACGUACAUUGGCUGCUCGACUAUAUGAUUUACCACUUUAUUUAGAGAUAUUAACUGGACUAGAGAAUAUUUUUAGAAAUUGUUCUGAUACAGCACCAGAAGAAACUCUUAUAGAAACAGUUACAGAGACUUAUUAUGAUAAAAAUAUGCCCCAAGUUACAAGAAAAAUAUUCUUAAACUGUGAGGCAAUAAAUGAUCUUAUAAAUGACAAAUUUAAACCAAAGAACAAGUACAAGUUUACUAUAUUAGAUGAUAAUGAUGUAGCAUUUAAAAUGAUUAAAACAAAUGUAUCAACUGUAGUAGGUCAGUUAGAUGAUAUCAGAAAAAAUCCAAAGAAGUUUAUAUGCAUAAAUGAUGAUAUAGAACAUGGUCAAGAGGAAGCGAAGACAGUAAAGGCUAUACUACAAGAUUUCUAUGAAUCUAUGUUUCCCAUACAAUCGGAUUUUGAAUUACCAAGAGAUUAUCGAAAUAGAUUUUUACAUGUUAAUGAAUUGAAAGAAUGGCGGAAGUAUAGAGAUUGGUUAAAGUUUUGGACCAAUAUUGCUUUAGUUGUAUUAGUUAUAAUCACUAUUGCUACUUUCUUUGGGGACAAGGUUGAAGCUAUGUAUAAAAAAUAUUUCCCACCUUCAAGAAAAAGAUCACGUAAAUCUUCUUUCUCGGCUGAUUAUAAUACUCAUUCCAAAAAUAUCAUUAAUGUUUAACAUCAACUGUGGGCUCUGUUAAAUCUUGAGGUUUUUUCAAGUUCAGUAUAAUAUUGCCUUUUAGUGUUAUAAUCCUUGACAGAUCUUUUGUUUUCAAUGACAAAUGGUAGCUAAGAUAUAAUUUGUUGCCAUCAUUUCUACUGUACACUGAGCUGAUAAAUUACAAAAACACUAUAGCCUAGUUUACCUAUAUAAUUACUAUUGAUAGAAGACUUGGUUGAUAUUGAAUAUUGGUUGUGAUCUGCGUAAGAUUAGCUGAUCAAGCACAGGCUAUAGUAUAGUGUAGAAUGUGUGAAUGCUGUCAGUUUAAAAUGAGAGAUUAACUAUUUGUGCAAUAACGAUUCAUUCUUCUUAGAUAGUACUAACAUAUCACAAUACUCCUUUUUAUUUGACUAAACCUCUUUGAUUAGGUUGAAAUAUGAAGUUAGUUUAUAAUAGUUACAUUUCAUUUGUUGAUUUUUGUGAAGUGAGUAUUUGUCUGUUGUUUAAUUUUCUGGUAGAGAAAGAGCCAUUGUUAAGAUAUAACUGAUUCAGUGAAUUAAGCCACAAAAAAAUCGAAUUCUGCCUAAUGAAUGAUAAGGAAAUUAUGAUACUACUAGAAGAAUGCCCCGCUUCGCUCGGGGGUCAUAACCCCGAAACCGGAAGUGGUAGACUAACGCCACCUGGCCUAUGUUACUCCCCGGUCCGAGCUACCCCUAUACCCCAAAUUUCAGACUCGGGGCAGACCUAGUGUAGCCGCCAACCCCGAACAGACAAACAGACAGACAAACGACAGUCACAAAUAUUAGUAUAGAUAAUAUACCUAUAAGGUAGUAACAGCAGAUCAACCCAAUUCAAAACUUUAGCCUAAAUAAAAGAGGUUUAGCUCCGACUUUAAGUUGACAUCAGUACUUAAUAUUGUGCAAAACUCAAGUCUUUUAAAGAGUUCACAAAACAUAUAAUAUACAGAAGCACCAACAUGUCAUUUUAACUUAUAUAUUAUUUAUUUGAAUAGAAUGUAUAUUUGUAUAUAGAUGUAAUAGUGUGGUAAGAAUGAAGAAUGGUUUUGUAUUAUAUAUUUUAUAAGCUAAAAUGGAUUUUAUAUUAUAUAUUUUGUAAGCUAACAUUGUUAUCUUGACAUUUCUAAUAUGAAUAUUUGGGGAAUAAUUAAUGGUUUUUAAAAGUUGGGAUUCUUUUUGAUUAGUAACCGCAGUAAUAUUAUUAAAUAUACAUUAUGCAAGAGCUAAAUCUGCCUAUUGCAGAUCUUUUCUGGCUUCACACCCCUUGAGUUUUAAUCUCACCGAUAAUUGGAUGCUUCACACCCAUCGUUUGAAGUACGGAUUAUACGGUGUCGAUUCAAUGGAAAUUAUGUGACGGGACGGCUGAUUGAUGUUGGAAUCCGGAACAUACAGAAUCCGGAUUUACCAGCGAUUUUUUGGCUGAAGUAAUAAGGAAAUAAAUGGGGACAUGAAAAUCAUAUCGGACGUCACAGCAAUCCGGAGUGAUCAGACAUCACUGUAAUAUAAAAUUAUGUAGACCUUCAACCAGGCUUUAUCUGAUGACCUGCAAAAAAUGGACUGUGAUUGACUGAUAAUAUCAAUCUGUCAUUCAAAUAGGAUUUUCAGAUAUAUUUAAAGAUACAUUAUGGGUGAUUAGAUAAAGAGCUGGUAGUUAAAAACUAGAUAAUGUAAAGGGAUAUAUCUGAAAAUUUCUGUCAAAUUGAUCCACCCUGAAGUGAGUAUUUAGCAAUUAAAUUUUGGGCCUAGCCUCAAUCCUGAUUACUAUGAAGUCGAUAAGAUAAAUAACAUAGUCUCAAUUAUCCAUUUUUUGAUUUAUUCAGAAGCAGCAGACUGGGUUCUAAUCCUAAUCCAGUAAAUAUCACAGGCUAGCGAUGCCAUCGAGAAUUGAUUAUGGUCUGGAUAAGUUGAUUAAUAUCUAAUUAAUUGUUUAGAUAACAUUUCAGGCCUAAAGAAAGACCUGCAAUUGGUAGAUUUAGCUCUUGCAUAUUGUAUGUUUAAACACCCACAUUUAUUGGGGCUAGUGUUUAAAUAUCCAAGCAUUGUAUAUGUGUAAUUGUUGGAACUGUUAUUCUCUUUACAUGUAAUUAGAGAUGUCUAGAUGUCAAGAUUAUAAUCUUUUAAGUGUCAAAUUGGAGUAUCAAUAUCUAUUCAGAAAGACUGAAUUUGGUUAUUAUCCAUUUUAAAAAUCUAUUGGUCAUCAUAUAAACAAUUAAUUGUAAGCCCUGUAGCAUUAGUGGGGGUUGGGUUCAUGGUACACAUAUUUAUUUGUAAUGCAGAUAAUUAUUUUUAGAAGCUGUUUUUCUUUUCAUAUUGUUCAUGUUUUUUUUGUAAUUCUUCAUGUCUGAAUGAAAUAUCUUGUUGUUGAGAGAGUAUAUAUGCAUUCCAUCAGUUAUUUGCUCAAUUAAGAUAAUAUAUGUUCGUUUUUUAUAAUCUGUGAUUUUACUUGUUGUUGAUAUAUUUUCAUUACCACAAAUCUGUAAAUAUAUGAAAUAUCCUGCACAUAAUUAGUCCCAUAUCAUAUGUAUUAUAUCUUUGCUUUGUUUUAACUUUAUUAUAUGCCCACAUUUUGUGAGGAAGUAUAUUGAUUUUAUGUGAAGAUAUUGUCCAUGUCAAAGAAAUCUUGUUAAAUUGGUAUCCUCUGCUUUUCAGAGAAAUGAAGGGACUUAAAAUUGGUUCGUCUGGCCAUCUGUCCAUCAUACCUUUUGGAAAACAAUGACCGUGCUUCUCAUUUUGAUAGAAUUCUGGUUAGGUGACUGUCUUGGCUGAGUUCAAUGAUGAACAUUAUCUGCUAAGGCUACAGAUUCUAUAUUAAAAGAUAAAUUUGCAAGUAAUUAAUGAUGAGUUCCAUCUAUUUAUUUUGGGCUCAGUGUUGGCUUGUUCAUUGAUUUUACAAAGAGACAUUGCCCCUGGCACUGAUACCUUGUAAGCAAUCUUCAGUCGGAUUUUGGGCGCGUUUUAAAAAAAAAAAAAAUUAAUGUUUGGCUAGUCAUCAAGAAGUACACUAUCAAGAGUUGCCCGUUCAUUUAAAACCGAGGUAAUGACUCCCGUCGAUGAAACCCUGUGAUGUAGUUAUUGCUUCUUUGACUGCCUCCUUAACAAAGCUGCAGGUGGGCAUAGUUUCUUUUUUUAUGAAAAGAAUAGUGGGUAAUAAUUGUUGAAUUGUACUUGCUACUGAACCAACUGUACAUUUUGUUCAUGUAAUGUUUGAUAAAUAUAAUGAAUUAUUGUCACUACGCAUACUCAUCAUGUUCACACAAUUUAAAAUGAAAACAUGGGGAAAAAAUCGAUAAAUCUAGCUUGUUUCAGAUAUACCCUGUAAUAGAAUGAAGCAAAAUAAAUCUGUUCGAUUUAUUGAUAUCAUUGUUAAUGUUUUCUAUAUACUAGGUCUAUAUUUAUCAAACACAUAAUUGGUUUCCUAUUCACUAUUUAUACCACAAUUAAACCACAUAUACCUAAAACACAAAAUAGGAAAUAAUAAUUAAAUAUAUGCUUGGGUUGAAUUAUUAAAUAUAUGAGUUACUUAAAAGGUAUAUCUGAAAGAUAUGUUUUUGAUAUUUUGUAGUCACAUUGGAGAUAUAUUUAAUAGGAUUGUUGUGGUUGACUGUUUGAAUUAGUUGAUUAACGUAAAUAUUGAUACUCAAACCGCACAAUGUCCAUAUAAAUUCAUAUAUGUUAAUAUGAGAAAUAAAUUGGGGGUAAAGAUUUA